AUGUGGAUCGUAAUCGUUAUAAUAGCCCAGUGUAUCAUCACAAAAGGCUCCUGGCUAGUCCCACUGAAAGCUUCACAACAGAAUGUUGAGGGAAAAUUGUUCUCUAGUGGGAAGAUCUGUAACACAACCAGAAACAUCACUGUCAUGUCUGAUGGUUCCAUCACCAGAACCGACAUUAUGAUUUGUACGGGUGAUGCCACAUUGAUCCAAAUAAUCAGCAGUGACCACCGACCUUUGGUGACCCUAAGCUCUGGACUUCAGGUCAUGUGUGACACAGUGACAGACGGUGGAGGAUGGACCAUUUUCCAAAGACGUGUUUCUGGGACUGUAGAUUUUUACAGGAACUGGACGGAAUACAAAAAUGGGUUUGGUGAUUUUAGUUCAGGUAAUUUUUACCUGGGUAAUGAGAACAUUUUUCUCUUAACGUCUAAAACCAAAACAGAGCUGAGAGUAGAUAUGACCUUCAAUGGAACAACCUACCAAAACGGUAUGAUGUUUUCUACAUUUGACCGCGAUAAUGACAUACACACUGGAUUAAACUGUGCUGAUUACUUUCACGGAGCGUGGUGGUUCAGUAAUUGCGGCGACUCUUGUCUUAACAAUGUUUGGGGUACAACGAAUGUAAAGUGGAAUCCAAAGACUAAUCCAACAUUUAUUGAAAUGAAAUUUAGAUUAGUUUAA